AUGGUCGGAUCCAGGUCUAGGUGGUGGAACAUGACACUGAAGGCCGGAGAUUGCGCCUUCGUGCCGCGUCAGUGGUUUCAUUUCGUUGAGUCGCCGGCAAUCCGCAGCAUCAGCAUUCACGUGUGGUUCUUUGGCGACCGCUUCGAGAAGAAGGGCUGCAAGGCCUUGGAAGAGAAAGGGGUGGACCUGGCCAAGCCGCUCUACCGGAUAGGAGAUUGCAGCUUCGGCUACGAACCCGCCAAAAAAGGAUCAGGCACGCACUGCAAGAGGCCGAAGAAUCCAUUGCCGAGCAAAGCUGAGCUUUGA